CCCUACAGCACCAUGGGUCUGUUUGUCUCCAGGCUAAUGGAUGUAUUCUCACAGUUUUCUCAAGGCCACGCCAGGAUUUUAAUGCUCGGACUUGAUGCUGCAGGUAAAACGACGAUAUUAUACAAAAUCAAGCUGAACGAGAACGUGCACACGAUCCCGACUAUAGGGUUUAACGUGGAGACGGUCAGCCCGUGUAAGGGGAUCUCUUUCACAGUGUGGGACGUGGGCGGUCAGGACAAAAUCAGGCCUCUCUGGAGGCACUACUUUCAGAACACUGAAGGGUUGUUGUAUGUGAUAGACAGUGCUGAUAGGGAACGUUUGGAGGAGGCCAGAUACGAAUUGUCCACAAUCCUGGAGAGUGAUGAGAUGAAAGCCGUACCUGUCGUGGUCAUCGCCAACAAACAAGAUUUACCAGGUGCCAUGAGAGCAUCAGAAAUUGCCGAUGGACUGCAUCUCACGAAGAUGCGCGAUCGCAAGUGGUACAUCCAUGGAGCAUGCGCAGUAAAUGGUGACGGAAUCUACGAAUCAUUGAGCGAAAUGGCCAAUCUCGUAAAAGAGUUCAAACGGUCUCAAAGGGGAUAUUGAUAGCUUUUCGGAUAGUGUUAUUGGUGGGAUUUUUCUGAAUACACAGGCUCCCUACAUGUAUAGAUCACAAGGCCGCUGAGGAAUUAUCCCAUAAAAUUCCACAAAUCGAAACUGAAGGAGAAUUUCCACCUCGCGUGAUCCAACAAGAUGGAAACCGAGGCAUGUGAAAACUAAUUGUGCAAAUUCACGGUGUUAUGCUUUGGUGCUACUGCACCGCCGGACAUCAUUACACAGGAUUCGUGAACCCUUUUGUUCCCGCCGAAAAUUCAAUGGAGAAAAUCUAUUAUAACAGUGUGAACUCAAGCAGUUUACGUAGAUUAAAGACUGUUUAAAAUCUCAACCACACAAAAACUUCCUUGGACUUGUGAUUCCGUCUCAGGAAUGAUAAUUUGCCUUCUCGCUGAUUUAUCAGGAAUGAUUUUUCCACUGUAAGCCAACAGGGAUCCAUUGUAUAACAAACUGGUUGUAAUCAGUGUUUUAUUUAUUUAUUUAUUUGAUUUCGUGUGUUACACAGCACUCAAAAAUAUUUCACUUUUAUAUACGGUGGCUACCAGCGUUACAUGGUAAGAGGAAACCGGACAUAGCACGGGGGAAACUCGCAGCCAUCCGCGGGUUGCUGGGAGACCUUCCCACGCAUGCACGGCGGGAGAGGAGACAUCAAUGUUUUGGAUGAAGUUACAUUUUCUAUUGGCCAAAAAUGGAAAACUGAGUCAUUAUGGAUUUCUGUUUCAUGUUAUAUGUUUUUAAACAUUGAUGUAUAUAUGUUUUUAUAAAAAUGCACUGAUAACUGUACUUUAUAUCCGUUUUUACACCGUGCGAAACCAGUUUUACUACCAUGUUACCUUAUAACUGAAUAUCUAUAAUAUUCAGAUCUAUAACAAAAUCGAUCAUUAUAGACAGGUUCUAAUUUAAGAUUUUAAGGUUGUUUUCUAAAUUUUUGUAUGAAUUAGCUAUAUAGGCUUACGCUUGUGCAGAACUUUGUUCUGAUGCCUCAUGAUUUAUAAUUUGUUAUACCAAAAAGUCAUACCGCUUUUAUUUGUAAAUACUCGUUUG